CAGAACUGGGCUGGCCCCUGUCCCAGUGCCCCCAGAUCUCACGGACACACCUCUCUGUGCGUUUCCCACCAAUCGUGCAGAACCGUUACGCUGCUUCGGCUUUCGCCUACCAUUGUGCAGAUGCUCAAAGGCCAUCGGGUCACUUGGCCUCGUCAUCCCAAGGGCGGUCGAACUAUUGGGACAGUCUGCGCCCUUAUUAGCUCCCUUCCCGUCUAGAUCUGGAAAUUGCGGAAAAGCAGAACGUGGAGCGGCAAGAGGAAUUUGAGGAUACUAGCUUGUAGAAAUGCUCCUUAUAGGUACCAAAGAUCAGUUAUCGGACACUGGUGAAC